AUGAGUGCUAUUAAUGCCUUGCAGAAGUUACCAGAUCAAGUACAUGCAGAUGUGAUUAGUGUUAUGCUGGAAAACACCGAGUGUUUAAAUUUAGAUCACUUCUCUUGCUUGUUGCCUUUACUUUUGGGAUUACUUGAUAGCAACACAGAGAGGCAUAUAAACGUGUCAUUGAAAAUGUUAUUGAAGCUUGUAGCUGUGAUAGUGAGACAAUCUGUAGAUAAAGCAGAAUUUCAAGAUUCUAGUGAAAAGAAACUAAACUUGCUAUUCAACCACUGUGAAAGUGAGGAAGAAUGUGUCCGAAAUGUGGUUGCUAAGUGUCUGGGAAAAAUUGCUUUGAUCAAGCCUUCAAAACUUCUUCCUGCCAUCAAGGAUCAGGAUCGGCAUGUUAGGCAUGCAACUGUUUUGGCUCUGAGUAUAGCUGGCCACAACAAGCCAAAUCUCAUCAAGGGACUUCUUCCAGAACUCUUUCCACUUUUGUAUGAUCAAACAGUUAUUAAGAAAGAACUGAUACGAACGGUGGAUCUUGGACCUUUUAAGCAUACGGUUGAUGAUGGUCUUGAGUUGAGAAAAGCAACUUUUGAAUGUGUAGAUAAAUUGCUUGAUAAUUGUCUUGACCAGAUGAACUUAGUAGAGAUACAUGUAUUCUAUAGAUACAGAUGGAAGCUUGAGCACUGUUGA